CAGAUACGCUAAAAGUCUCGGAUUAUUAUUAAUGAUGAAGACGGACUGCAUUGAAAAGCCACUAGCUGGUUUGUUAUGCAGACUCGGCAAAAUAGUUGCACGAUAUCCAUGGCCUUUCAUCGUUAUCCCUGUUAUCAUAUCUGGUGGCUGCGGCGUUGGCCUGCUUCGACUUAAAAAUGUUGUUGACACUGAGUAUCUGUACACACCAGAUGAUGGCCCUGCGAAAGAAGAACGCGCCAUCCUGAGGCGGUAUUUUACCAUGGACUGGUCAACAAACUUUCAGGCCACUAGAAGUCUCACUUUAGAUGGUUAUGCACGUGUUAUCUUCAUCCCCAAAGACGGCAAUAAAAAUGCUCUCUCGACAGAGAUUGUACAGGAAAUAAUUGACAUUGAUGCAAAAAUUCGGGCCCUAAAGACGACGGAUGGCAAAACAUAUGACUAUUACUGUGCAGGAUCAAACGGUUGUUAUACUAAUAAUAUCCUAGAAAUCCUAAACUACACGGCAAGCAAUAUAAAUAACGCUAAUCUGACAUUUCCAAUGUUUCAUCAGCGAUUUCUAGGAACUGAGCUGGGUGGCGUGAAAUUGCAAGGAGAUGGUGAAUUAGUUGAGUCGGCGGAGGCAAUUCGACUUCAGUAUUAUGUUAGAUACGAAAAUGCAAGCAAUAUGGCUGUCUCUGAUGUUUGGCUUGAAGCGUUCAAGUCCUCUAUGCUGUCCAUCGACACAGACAAACUUAACGUUCACUUUCUCACAUCUAAGUCAUUAACCGAGGAACUGCAAACUGCAACGACUGGUAUCAUUUCUAAGUUUUCAAUAACGUACACUAUUCUUUGUGUGUUUUCCAUCUUGUCUUGUUUCAUGUUUGAUUGGGUUCGCAGUAAACCGUGGUUAGGGUUCAUCGGUGCAAUAACGGCGUGCCUUGCCAUACUAACAUCACUUGGGUUGCUGUGUGCCGUCGGUGUGGAGUUCACAAGUAUCGUGGCAACAAUGCCAUUUCUUAUAAUCGGCAUUGGGUUGGAUGAUAUGUUCAUUCAAAUCUCAGCCUGGAGGCAGACAAGUUACCAUAAAACGGUUGAAGAAAGAAUGGGACUCACGUUCAAGGAUGCUGCGAUGUCAAUCACGUUGACUUCCCUAACAAACACCCUUGCGUUCUGUAUCGGCGCCAUUACAUCAUUUCCAAGUGUUCGUAUCUUUUGUCUGUUUACUGGAGUGGCGGUUAUAUUCUGCUACAUCUAUCAGAUAACCUUUUUCGGAGGAUGCAUGUCUCUCAUUGGAAGAAGAGAACACACCAACAGACAUUGUUACGCCUGUAUCGAGGUUCUCCCGAAAGAAGAAGCGGGCAAUAAACCGCUAAUGUAUCGCGUCUGGUGCACUGGAGGCUCUAAAACCGAUAAAAAGGGAAUCACCGUCCAUUCAGGAACAGAAUUCUUUAAAACCUACUUUGGACCAGUAUUGAUGAAACCCAUAUCAAAGGUGUUAGUGAUCCUGAUAUUCUUGGGUUAUUUAGGAGUGGCUAUAUGGGGCGUGUUUAACCUAAAAGAAGGUUUGGAGUUGAAGAACCUCGCCCCAGAUAACUCAUACGCUGCAAGUUUCUAUCAACACGAAGACACCUAUUUUAACUCCAUUUAUGGUUUGCGUCUACAAGUAGCAAUCACACAACCUUUGGAUUAUUGGAACAUAUCCUCCUUGGGGCAGCUUGAUACAUUGAUAGAUGAUUUAAAACAAUCAAAGUGGCUUUUCACAAAUGAGACACUGAUCGAGAACUGGAUAAGUGACUUUUCAAAUUAUCUAGAAAUAACAAGACAGACAAAUCUCAACAGUACCCAAUUUAUUGAUACGCUAAAAGGACAAUUUCUGGAGAUUCCUGGUUAUGAACGAUAUAAAUUAGAUAUCGUAUUCAGUGAUGAUGGUAGUGCCAUACUGGCAUCUCGUAUUCUAAUCCAGUCCCGUGGCCAACAAAACGCCAAUCAACAACGGGAAUUUAUGAAAGAAGUUAGAGAUAUUGCAAAGAGUUCCGAAUUGAAAGUCACCGUUUUCCACCCGGCAUUCAUCUUUUUCGACCAGUAUUCGGUCAUCUUGGUUAAUACCUUGCAGAAUAUCGGUGUAGCCGUGGGUGUUAUGUUAUUCGUGGCCUUGUUGUUGGUGCCACACCCUUUGUGUGCGAUUUGGGUAACUCUCAGUGUAUGCUCUAUAUCAACCGGUGUUAUUGGUUACAUGACACAUUGGGAUGUCAACUUGGACUCAAUCUCUAUGAUUAAUAUUAUUCUCUGUAUCGGCUUCUCGGUUGACUACUCGGCGCAUAUUGCUUAUCACUUUGUCAUCAGUGAGGCUGACAUACCCAAAGGAAUUAACGCUCAUCUGGCUAGUAUAGGUCCUCUUAAGAAUACAGAUAAAUGGAUAAUAGUAACGACCAUAUCGUCUCCCACAGAGGAUAUAAAGAGUUUAGCGAAAUUGACAGAAUGGCAGCUCCUGGUUGUUGCGGAUACAAAGACUCCAAAGGACUGGCAUUUUGAUGGAGUUCUAUUCCUAAGUUUAGACGCUCAGAGAUCUCUUCGCUACAAAGUUCUUGAACAUAUACCGUAUUCUAGCUACAGCCGCAAGAAUAUAGGAUAUCUUUUUGCAAUACAGCAUGGUGCGAAAAUUAUUUAUGAAACAGAUGAUGACAACCAUCCAACCAAUGGCCUCAAGAGUUUCGUUACUACUGACAAGAUGUAUGGCGUCGUGCCUUCAACAAACACCACACUAUUUAACCCAUAUGCUUAUUAUGGGCAGCCAACGACAUGGCCAAGAGGAUAUCCCUUAGAAUACAUCGGGGACAAUAUUACUAGUGAGUACAAUGCAGUGCACUGGAACACAGCUCUAAUACAACAAGGAGCAGUUCAUGGUGACCCGGAUGUAGAUGCCAUCUAUCGACUAACCCGCAAAUCAAGCUCCGAAAUAUUAAAAAUAACCUAUGAUGAAUACAUGCCGCCAUUGUUCUAUCCAAAGGGGACAUUUGUUCCAUGGAAUUCCCAGAAUACUUUGUUCCACUAUGGUGCAUUCUGGGGCCUCAUAUUGCCUGUAACAGUGACAUCUCGUGUCACUGACAUAUGGAGAAGUUAUUUUACACAGACCCUUCUUUGGCUUAUAGAUGGUCACUUAAGUUAUAUGCCCCCGAAUUGCUACCAGUUCCGGAACUAUCACUCGUACAUAGAUGAUGCAAAACAAGAAGAUAAGCUCUACUACCAAGCCGGGGAAUUUGUCAAGUUUUUAUCUAGUUGGAAAUGUAAAGCAAACAGCCUUCCUUUGUGUAUUCAGUUAUUAGCAGACACUAUGGUUCACAAGGGAUUCUGGGAUAUUGCAGAUGCAAAGCUAGUACGUGCAUGGUUACAAGACCUUCUUAGCAUUGGGUACGAAUUUCCAAUAAUGAGAUCAGAACAACGAAUGGAACCUGUUGACUUUUCAAUCACUCUUCAGUCUGAUAACCGUUUCGCUGUAUCGAUUCCCUCAAACUCAAAACAAAUUUAUAUUGGACAGAAAAAAUCGAAAAUAAGAAAGCUAUAUCAUAACACAUGCAAUAGAUACAAGUACACGGGUAGGUCACAUGAAUCUAAUCAGACAAAUAAACAGGAAUUAAUACAGCCAAACCCCAUAUUGUUACUGAUCAUAUUCAAUACGCCGCAUUACGAGACUAUCCCGUACAUAGAGGCACUUUAUGAUGGCCACUUUGUCAAGACAAUCUACUGUGGCCCAGAAAAACCAAAUCAAAAGAUUCUUGAAGAAUGGGAGAUCAAUUUUAUCACAUAUGAACAAGCACGUGAUUAUUUCCCGGGUAGUUAUAAUUAG